UCUGUUGUAUUUGGCGUCUUUUAUCUGUCACUUAAAAAUGGCAGACGAGCCAGAUAAUGAUGAUCAAUGGUUAUACGGGGAUAAUCCCGAUGGUAAAUUACCUGAGCAAGAGCCAGAACCAGAAAAGGUAACCGAAGAACCAACAGAACCCGCCGCAGAGGAAAAUGAAGCCCCCACCGAACCGCCUCAAGAAGUAGGACCCCCAGGAAUUGAAGAGGAUAAGCCGGAAGAGCAGGAGGAACGGGAGGAAGGAGAGGAAGAUGGGGAAGUGACCAAAAAUGGGGACGAUAGCGACAAAGACGAAGACGACGAUGAUAGUGAAGAUGAUGUUAAUGUUGUCAUUGGGGAUAUCAAACAGGCCCCAUACCAAUCUGUAAAUAUUAAAAGAGGUGGUGCAUUGCUUACUUCGGCGGCUUUAGAUAAAAACAAACAGUCUCAACAGCAACCAGGAAAGUUUAAUGUGGAAGAGUUUGAACAAAUAGGUACAAUUAAUGGAGUGCCUGCAAAUGAGUAUAACUUGGAUUCUUUGGAGGAUAAACCAUGGAGAAAACCUGGUGCUGAUAUAACAGAUUACUUUAAUUAUGGGUUUAAUGAGGACACAUGGAAAGCUUAUUGUGAACGUCAAAAGAGGAUCAGGGUAAAUGAAUCAGGAACUGGUAUAGCCCCACUAAACGCAAUAGGGAUGCCCAGAGGUCCAAUGCCGAUCAUGAAUGAUAACAGCAAGUACUCUGGAAACUUUAUAGGAGGACCUCCGCCAAGGACUGUACCACCACCCCUUGGAGGAAAAACUGAGCCACAGAAGAUUAGCACCAUUCAGGUUAUGACAGCAGAUAGACGAGAAUACAGCCGAAAGCCAGGUUUUCCAGAUAUGUCCGUACCACCUCCAACUCCAUUUGAGGAAUUCCAACCGGAAUAUGGGUUUAAUCCAGAGCCAGAGCCUUUUUAUGGAGGCUAUGAGCCCACACAAGAUUCUCAAUGGGGUUUGGCAGGACCUCCCCCUAUGGGCCCUCCACCCCAUAUAAUGGGUCCACCAAUGGCUAUGCAAGUCCAUUCACCUGGUCAUAGAGAAAGCCCCCAUAAAGAGGGUAGGGAUAGAGAAAGAGAAAUGAGUAGGAGUCGAUCAGAGAAACCUCGGGAUAGAGAAAGGGAACGUUCACAUAGAAGAGAAAGAUCUAGAAGCAAAUCAAGGAGACAUAGAUCAAGGUCAAGAAGUCCUAGUCACAGAUCUCAUAGAAAAAAGAAGUCUAGAAGACAUGAAGAUAGUGAAUGAACACCGUUAUUAUAGUAUUUUGUUUUGCGAAUUAAAAUUCUACUUUUAAGUCUAUAAUAAUCCUAUAGCACUGCUAUUUUUUUUAUUAGACUUUUUCAUUGAAAUAUGUAUGGUUUAAAUAUUAAAU